UUCCCAGCCCUGUGCUCUAUCCCUCCUGAGAUAGGCUCCAAGUUGGAUUCAUUGAUGUUCCAUGUCAUUUUCAGCUGCUCAUGAUCUUACACUUUAAUAAUGCCAUUGAUGGGGCCAAGGCUUUUUUUUUUGCGUCACAGUACUGCUUAGUCAGGAACAUAUAACCCGGAAUCGCUGACUGAAACUUCCUCUCAGGAUGCAAGUCACAUGUCAGGGUCAAAAUACACUGUAAACGGGCUUCUACUUUAACGGCAAUAAGACGGGACUGCUGGACGAGUGGCUCAUUUGAAGAAAAACUUUAUCGUUGCCAAAGAGGACAAUGAGCCUUACAGCUUUCAUGCCCUUCUUAGUCCUUGAGAAACCAGCCACGAGUAAAGAAAAGCUUAAAUCUGGUUUCCAAGUCCUGGAAGGUUGUGGCAGGAAUCUUUACAUUGGGAGCAGAGAUGGUACCAUACAGCACUUCACUCUGCUAGAACCUGAAGGGAAUCAGCAGACAGUUCGGGAGACAAGGAGGAAACAGCUGGGAUCAAAAGAUCUGAUAACCCAAAUGAAGGUCCUUCCAGUCCAGAACCACCUUCUGGUGCUCUGCAACGGUUCCAUCACAGCUUUCAAUAUGUUCUCCUUGGAGCCAAUCCCCACCCUGUCAAAGAUCCGCAACGUCUCCUUAAUGAGUGUCAAUGACUCCUACAGCCUAGCCCAGCCCCUAGUUGUUGAGCUUUUCACGCUGGCCUCCAGGAGAAGAGCUGUGAGCAUCCACGUGGUGUCAGUGAAUAAGUGGGAAUGUAUCAAAGAGGUAUCGCUGUCCCAGGACCCGGUAUCAUUGGCUGUGGAUGGGUCCUGCCUCUGCAUAGGCACAGAUAAAAACUACAUACUCCAUGACCACAAGAGCGGCAUAACCCUUGACCUUGUCCCACAUGACUCCACUAAUCAAAGCGUCAUUGUACAAGCUGUGGGGAAGGGCGAAUUUCUUCUAAAUGGGCCAGGAUCCUUGGGCAUAUUUGUGAACAGCCAUGGGAUUUCCCAGCGUCCACCGCUGCAGUGGUCACAGGGGGUCUUGGCUGCAGCAGUGUACCCUCCCUAUGUGCUCGCCCUGCAAAGCGAAGGGCUCCUCAUCUACAGCAUGCUGGAUCAGCACCUCAAGCAGACCGUCCCUUUGCACAAGGCCAUAGGCCUGCUCUGCACAACAGAGAGUGUGUUUGUUUUCACGGAAAGUGAGGUAUACAACCUGCAGCCCAUCCCCCUUGACGUGCAAAUCACGGCCCUUGUGAAUAGCGAAAGUGUGCAUGAGGCCUUGGAACUUCUGCAGGGCGUAGAAGGGCAGUUAUCAGAGGAUACAUACAAGACACUCCAGAAGAACACAGCCCACACGGCCGGCUUUGUGAAGUUUUAUCAGGGAUGUUUCCAAGAAGCCAAGGAGCUUUUCAUCAAAGGUGACAUAGACCCUAGAGAAAUUAUUAGCCUGUAUCCCGACCUCCCGUCUCUGGGUGACGGAUUUACGUCACAGCUAGCGGCCGUGUUCAACACCAGGGAUCUCCGUGCAAUGAGGACAGAGGACUACGCCACUUUUCAGGGCUACCAGGAAUUCCUGGGCGGGUUCCUAAGCGCCAUCCGGGGGACGGACCAAAGUCACGGACACGGCCGGGACAUUGACUGCACGCUCCUGAAGCUGUAUGCGGAGAGAGAAUGCCACAAGGACUUGGACCAGCUCCUGUCUUCUGGGAAUGACUGUCUUCUCGACAUGUGCGUGCCAUACCUGGAGAAAAACAAGAGAUUCUUCUCUCUCGGUUUGCUGUAUCAGAGUCAUGGCCAGGCAGAUGAUGCGGUUCAGACCUGGGUGAAAAUUGUGGACGGCUUCCUGGCUGUCAGUUCGAGCCCCGAUGUGUACAAGCACAUCGUGAAAUUCCUGAGCCAGCAAAAGUGCCGGAAGCUCCUCUGGAAAUACGCAGACUGGAUUCUACAGAGGGAUCAAGAGGUUGGAGUCCAGAUCUUCACCAACAGAGGGGACAGCCAAGAAUCACUCUCAGACGAAGAUCUUGCAUUUUUAACUAAAUACCCAAAAGCUUUGGAGCUGUAUCUGGAACAUUUGGUUAUGGACUUCAAAAGUAAGAAGGAGAAACAUCACACCCUUCUUGCCACAACGUAUGUUGCACAUAUACUGCGGGAUUUGGAACAUGUACGAGCCAUGGACACAACUGGCAAUACAACCAGAUAUAAACUCCAACAAUUUCUACAAGAUUCCACUUUCUACAAUGCAGAGGACGUUCAAGAAGCAAUCAAAUGCACUCCUCUUUUUGUGGAGAAGGCCAUAUUGCAUGGAAGAGCUGGAGAACAUUUCAAGGCUUUGGAGGUCUUGGUCCACAAGGCAAAGGACCAGCAGGCUGCAGAGGAUUACUGCAGGAGAACUUCAGAGGGCCAGAGCACGGAAUUCAUUAACCAGCUCUACCUCACCCUGCUGGGAAUCUACUUGCAGUCGCCCCAUUCAGUGAGGGCUGCAGUCGAUCUGCUCAAUGGCAACAGCGCUGCCUUCAAUUUGCUCGACGUGCUCCAAGUGCUGCCUGAUUCCUGGUCCUUGCAGCUGGUGGACAGGUUCCUGAUCGAAUCUCUCCGGUGGAACUUCCACAGCAGACAAAUGAGGUGGAUUGAGAAGAACCUGGUCCAAGUGGAAUAUCACAGACACAAGAUAGGCUGGAUCAGAGACACUAGAGGAAUGAUAAAAGUGGAGAAGUGGCAGCUGUGCCAGCGGUGUGGGCGGUACCUCAUGGAGCCCAUCUUCCUGCGUUCUCUGAAAGGGGAACUGAUUCACGAACACUGUGGCGUGUGACAGAAUUAACUGCAUUAUGGGAAUAUACCCAGAGUGGUGAUUUCAUUGUAAAUUGUCCAUUGUUCAUGGAUUCUGCAGUAAAUAAAAUCUUUGUACAUUUCUAUUUAGGUAAUGUCAAAGAAUCACACAUAGGUUCACCAACUCACGUUGUUCAUCAAUGUAGAAGACUCCCUCCCCACCUUCAAUAAAUGCUUCAAGACCCAUCUGUUUCAGGAACUCCUCUUU